AUAAACCAUGAUAGUUUUUCACAAGAAAAAAGACCAUAAUAUAUCACUAAAAAGAAGCGGGAAAUACAACCAGCUGAAAGUGGCUGACUAAAGGUAUAUUCAGUCGGUAUGAUUGUUCUAAAGAACGCUAGAAUGGCCGAACAGCGCGGGCUGUUGCGAGCGUGAGUCAGACAUGCGUUAUUGCUAUUAACGGGUGAAGGUUUCUUCAACUAGUCACAUUUCUUUCAAGAUGUUGACAUUAAAAUGUAGAGAAAAAAAAACGUUGAAACAUACUACGGUCAUCAGAUUCGUAAAUCUUAAAAUGCUUUAGCUGAUCAGGCUAGGUAGAUAUCAUAAAGAAGUAUUUCAGAGGGUUAUGUCUUAGUAUGGUGAGGUCAGAUGUUUACGGGAAACUCUUUAAACAAUUGUUCAGACGUUCUCGUCUAGUGCGCAUCGAUUUUUUUACAUUUGUUUUUUCGGCGUUUGCGGAAACGAAGUACACUAUCUGCAUAAUAUAUUGUCAAGUUCGUGGACGUUUGCUAAUUAUAAAGGGGUGAAUGUUGAAACUCCAUCCUCCCUUGCUUUUCGUACAUUAAUGUAUUAACUUACAGUCUUUUACCUCUAAUUAAAUGAAGCAUGUCCGAACGAAAACCUUAAAAAAAGUUUGUUAAAGGAUGACUUGGAAAUGAGCGUGUGUACUUAGGAGACGAAAGUGUUUAAUUUUGUCUCCGUUUGCACCCAUCAUACCGGAAAAUUUUGAAAUGCACCUAGAUUAUUUAGAAAGAUCAAGUUGUGCUUUAGAGACAGCAAAAAAAUAAACAUGGAGUACAGUUAACGCUCUGACCUCUGAGAGUGACCAGCAUCUAAUUUCUCCUUACAGUAUCAGCCCUGAAUCACAAAUUAGGCUCACAAGAAUAAAGGAAAUGAUCACCAACUAAGGACGCUCUUAAUUUUUAAACAAAUUCUCCCUGUCAGCACCCUAGGAAACAUAUGGAGAACAGUAUGGAGAAUAUGCACACUGAUGUUAGGGUGUAAAGGGUUAAAUCACAAUUUAUAUUCUGUUUGAAGGAGUAUUAGGAAUAGCAGUAUGCUUUAUUCCACUGCCAAUCAGUUGAUCAGUUAUAUUAAUUGGCAUCAACCCAACUUUUAUCCAAAGUCUUGGUUUAGUUUUAUGGAUGAAACAAGUUAAAUAGUCUGUUAUAGCCAAGAAUCAUCACUGCAGCCAAUAACUGCCUGAGAAAAGCCAGAGUAAGAAAGUCAAGAUUUUGCUGUGAACCAGAUCUAAUAGAUGUUUCUUUUGUAGUUUGUUCUGCUGUUUUUGUCAUGGAUUUGUCAGUUGAACAGGAAAGUCUUGUGGCAAUUGGCUCAGAAGCAUUUCCAACAUCUCCUGAGAUUCUCUCAGAAGAGUCACAUUCUUUGAUAGCAUGUUCAUCAGAUGAGUGCUCAAAUGUAGAGGCUAAAGAAGGUAAUGAUUGUGUCUGAAACAGAUGAGCCUAGUUGGACAAGUUGUCUUACACUCAAGUGAUAGCACAAAAGGCACAACUUACCUUGAUCCCUUUACUGAAAGAACUUUUAUUAAGUACUGCAACCCCCCUCUCCCCCUCCUGGAUAGUGACAUUGCCUUGUGCUUCAACGUUAAUCCUGUUUUAGUUUGGUCACUAGUAAAUUUUAUUGGGUAUUAUCUGUUAACGCAUGGUUACAUUCAAUUUUGUUGUUGCUUCUAAGGAUCUGGAGUGUCUUCCAGUUGUUCCUCUGAUGUGGUGCAGUCAAUUCCAAAUGAAAUAAUAACUGAGGCAGGGAAUGAAGAGCAACAGUGUGUCACCAUUGUGACAGAUACCAUCAACUGCAGCUCACCACAAGUGUUAAAUGAUAGAAAUGAAGAAACAGAUGCAGAUGAUACAGGUAUUAUGCACCUGAAUCAGGCUAUAGUUUACAUUCAUCAUUUGUUGUUUUGUUUAAAAAAAAAUGUUAUUGUAUUAUUCAUUUCACUUGUGGAUAAAGCAAGAAGUGAAAUGUACAAUAGCUGGCUUUCAACCAAAAGAAUUUUGAGUAACACUUUUGUCCUCUGUUUUUUUCAUUACAAGGCUUAUUGUACAUUCAGAACUGCAGCUCACCAGAGGAAAGUCAGCAAACUCAAAUGCUUGUGUUGCCCAGGUCAAGGGAAGCAACCAAGUAAGCACCAAGUGUUUGAUAAUCUUGUUUUGAAGUUUUUCUACUUGCUCUCCUAUCUCUGAGCUUAUAAAAUUUCAAACUGUUUCACCUUUUUUGAAAAUGUUAACUUUGUAAAAUCUUCAUAUAUCAAUUUGAAACAAUAAAGAAAAGAAUGAAAUUAAUUUUUCCAGUUAAUUCACAAAUAUAGGUUACUAAUGCAGUUUCCCUUUAUGUCAACUAGAAAUCAAUCACGAUUGUUUGAAUGUGAUUAUCCUGAUUGUGGAAGAACAUUUACCACUGCAGCACAUCUCAGAUACCAUGUUCGAACACACACAGGAGAAAAACCAUACUCAUGUUCACAUGAAGGAUGUGGCAGGAACUUUACAUCAUCUGGCUACCUACGAUAUCACCAAUGUACACACAAUGGAAAAAGGACAUUCAAGUGCCAACACCCAGGAUGUGACCGUGUAUUUGCAUGGCCAGCACACAUGAAAUAUCACAUGAAGACUCACACAGGAGACAGAGCUUAUCAUUGUACUUUUGAAGGUUGCAACAAAAGCUUUUAUGUGUUACAGAGGCUUAAUGUUCACAUGAGAGUACACACAGGUGAACGGCCUUACACAUGUAAUGUGGAAAACUGUUUGAAAUCCUUUACAACACAAGGAAAUCUGAAGAAUCAUAUGCGCAUACACACAGGUAAGUCAAAUACAGGAUUCUCAGUUGAAGAUAACACCUGAUAAAUGAUCUCUCUUCCUUGAAAUUUUUUAACUUCCCAUUGUACAUUACCCUUUGCCUUUUUGUGCCUACUUUCGAUAUCCUUUUAGAUCUCCUUCAAAACCUAUCAAAAUUUUGAUAAUGAUCCCCAACCUUCCUAACUUUACUUAUCAGUUGCUAUUAAUGGUUCAUUUUUGUGGUUCUUCUGAUUGCUCACUUUUACCACUUUUUACCCAUUAACAGGGGAAAGACCUUACAUGUGUACUUAUGAAGGGUGUGGUCGCACUUUCACUGAACACUCUAGUCUUCGGAAACACAAGCUUAUACACACUGGAGAGAAACCAUACGUCUGUGAAAUCUGUGGCAAGACAUUUAGUCAGAGUGGAAGCCGCAAUGCUCAUCAAAAGAGACAUGCAGAUGCAAACAAGAGCGACAAGAGAAGCAAGAAGACAACAAGCAAGAGUGGUACUACCACACAGAUUACUGAGGAUACAGAAGGUGGCCAGAUGCUUCAGCACCUUGAUGAUAUGGAAGAUACAGGUAUAGUCCUUUUUCAUGUUAGCAGGCAAGUGUAGUCUUUUUGUAGAAACAAGUCUCAAUACAACAUGCUCUGUGAGGGUCAAAGUGCUUAAUAUAAAUUUAUUAAUUUUUUUAGCUACAGUUGUACAAGGGGAGCGUUUAUGUGAGGUUAAGCACUUAAUCAAAUAAGCAGGGUACUAACAAAAUCCUAGUCUUUUUAGCCUUCUGGGGAAAAGGAGAUUGGUUUUGGUUAUCAGAAGGGUAGAAAAAUUGGGAUAUGACUACAGUGUUCCACUAGGAAAGGGAAGGCAGUUUUAAAGGUACAAAGUUUUGUAAGGAGCUGUAGUGCUGUGUCUAUUUGGCUGGUGUCAGUUGACGAAGGAAUGUAAUUUGGCCAUUUGCUCUGACAAAAGGACUAAUGCUUGAAAUGUCACCUGUAGAGACUACUUAUGGUGGCUAAUUUACACUGUCAACUUAGUUGAUAAACCAAUUUAUCUUGGAAGACAGUUUAAGUUUGAUUCAUCUAGAGUUUGGAGAAACUUUAAGGUUUGAGCAAUCAUGCUUUUCCCAAACUUCUAGUGAGGUACAGAUCUAUUAGUUACCUGGCCUAUGGACUAGUUAUAUUUUUGCUUUUGUUCUGGAAACUGAAAAGUGCCGUAAUUUUGUUUAUUUUUUUUAUCUUUAGGAGAAGAUGAGCAAUCCAUUACUUCCCAAGCCCUUGUGUUCUCACAAGGAGAGCAUACCAUAGUAACACAAGCAUCAGGUGACCAUUUGGUACUGGCUCAACCCAUUGUAGCUAAGGAAGUGUCCAUAGAAACCACGCCAGUUCAGACAAUGUCUCUGCUAGUGCAUGCCACUGAUGACCCAAUGGUAAAUCAAGAUGGUCUCGUGCGGGCAACUGCUGAUGUUGUGUCCCUGGCAGAAACUGUCGUGGCUCAGCAAGCUGUCAUUCACACCAUGCUAGAUGGAGCAGCCAUCAUUCCCACAAGUAGCCAGUCAGAGAUGUCUGUUGUGGAUCAGGUGUUGCAUCAGUCAAAUGUUGAGCAUAUGAUGCAAGGUGUUGUAAGCCAACACAUCCUUGCUGGGCAGAUCCAGCUGCCUCUUUCUGUGGAGUUGGAACCAGGACAGGAACAGGGUGGGGUUGUACCCCAUCUGACAGUGGACCUGUCUGGGCUCAUUCAGCAGACCGAUGAACAGUCUGGACAGGACAGUGAGGAUGAGGAAGUGGUAAAAGAGCAUGAAUUUCAUGUUGUAACAGAUGAUAAACAAGAUAUGCAAGAAAACAUUCAGUAAUUAUUGUAACACAUUUAUGGUGCUCUGCUAUUCUUAACUCCACAAUUUAUUUAGCAAAAGUCGUGACUAGUAUAAUAGAUAGAAUUAACAAAUUAAAGAGUUAGUUUGGUUAAUUAUACAAUAAAAGAAUAGUUGUCAU